AUGAUCUCCUAUAUUCAAAAUCUUGAUGGAGUUGUUAUUACAGAGGAGAAAGAGAUUGUCGCUGAGGUUGUCCAGUUUUUUAAGUCCUUGUUAUCUGAGGAGGCAUCUGUCUUUAAUGAUAGUUUUGUUUUUGCUAUUCCUAGACUAAUUUCUAAUGAGGAUGAUGUAAUGUUAAUGGCUCCUUUCUCUAUUCAAGAAGUAAAGGAGGUUAUUUUUUCAAUGCCAUCUGAUAAGGCUCCUGGUAUUGAUGGUUUUAUUGCUCUCUUUCUUAAAAAAUAUUGGCCUUUUCUUGGGGAAGACCCUCACCUUGUUCUAGAAGAGGCUAGAUGUAAUAGGUCGAUUUUGAAGGAGCUUAACACAACUCUUAUUGCUAUCAUUCCUAGAUUAGAGAAUCCUAAAUCUUUUGUGGAUUUUCAUCCAAUUUCCUUAUGUAAUACCUUAUAUAAAAUUAUCACUAAAGCUAUUUUUGUACAGCUUGCUAAUCUCAUCCCAAAGAUUGUUUCGGGGGAGCAGAGGGGUUUUGUCCUUGGUAGGGAAAUGACGGAAGGGGAUAUUGUGGCCCAUGAGAUUUUGCAUUCUAUCUCUCAACUUUCUAUUCUGGAUAUGAUACUAAAAUUGGAUAUGAUGAAGGCUUAUGAUAGGGUAAGUUGGCAAGCGCUCUCAUGCGUGCUUAAGAAUUUUGGGUUUGGGGUAAAAUGA